AUUCGGCCAAAUAUGCAUUAGGGGGAGAAAAUUAAAGGAAAAAGGCUGAAAAAAACGCCAUAGCACAGAUUCUUUGGGUUUGGCUCUAUCUCAAGAUUACCCUUUGAUCUGACGACAGAAAGAGAACGAAAAUAACUGGCGAAAACCAAUUAAACCUAUACAGGGAAAUGCCAAUGGUUACAAACGAGUGAAGAGACAGCGAUGCAUCUGAAAAAGCCGUUAUGGAGCUCCGGAUUGAAGGAUAGCUCAAGGGAAGCUGAUCCUCAGGCGCAAGCAUCGGCCACCGCGGUGGAGGAGUUAGUUAACUCUUUGAACAAGCAGCGCUUGUACAAAGAGGUCACUCUCGCCCUUCGAACUAGCCUCAGAGACGCUAGCGCCGAAUUCUCCUUCCUCCGCCUCCGCGGCCUCCGCUCCCUCCUUAACUUCCUCCGAUCCGUGGCACAGUCCGACUCCGCCAUUAACCUCUUCUGCCAAACCCAAUCUAUACCUGAACUUCAAGUGGUUCCAGUUCUGUUUCGACAUUCUCUCAAGGAUUCAGAGGAUGAGAAGGUGGAAAGUUUGAAUCAUAUAUUCGGGGUAGAGCCUAUGAACAUUACUGGUCCUUCAACAGGUGCAGAGGUUGCGCUUGCACUUAGAGUUCUGGAAGGUUGCUGUCUUCUCCACAGUGAGAGCACGAAGUUGGCUCAUCAACACAAGGCUGUUGAGGUUUUGUUGCAUAUAUUAUCAACUAGAGGUGCAUCGGAGCAAGGUGCCUGUUUGGAUGCUCUAAUCUCAAUAAUGCUGGAUUCAUCAUCCAAUCAAAUGGAUUUUGAGGUUUGUAAUGGUAUUGAGGAAGUGACAGUGCUCAUUAGGGACAAGCAAGUGGAUGAAAAUCUCAGGUUAAAAUGCGGGGAGUUCUUGCUGCUACUUAUCGGCCAUGUUAAUGGGAGGGAAACGCCUCCGAUGGUUACCAUACAAGAAGACGUAAGGCGACUACUUGGUGAGAAAUCGGCUUCCUUGAUAUGGGCAGCUAGUCAAUUUGGCUCAACCCUUGACCCAGAGCAGAGGCUGACUGCCCUACACAUCCAAGCUCGCAGAGUGCUGGAGUCACUGGAUCUGUAUUAAUUUUAAAAGACAUGAAUUUGUAUCUUGAAAUUGUUCCUGUUUUUUCUCUUCUAGCAAUUUUGCAGUUGUUGAUUAUAAGAUGCGAAUAUGUUCUGCACAUAGGAUCAACUGUUAGUAUUUGCUCUAGCUUAAAACCUUUGGCUAAAAGGAAAAUCCCAAAGUGAACCUUAUCAUGUCGCA